AUGCCUUCUCUAGACCAGAUGCUGGUGGUGAUAACAAUGGUGUUUGGACUUUUCUCGACUCUUGUCAACGGGUCCGAUUCUAAAGUCUCAUUAAGUUCAAAAACCUCUGGUUUCGAAAAGACAAGAAGACUACAGACAUUGACAAGUCUCAAUAAAGCCGUCGUGGGAUCCAAAACAUUUGCGUGGGUCGACAAUUACGACUGUAAUAAUGACAUGGUGAAGACGGUGCGAGAGUUUUUUAAGGCCAAUGACGAUAUGUUCAACAGGUGCAUUGCCGAUAGUGGUUACAAGCUCUACCCAUAUUCAGGCAUUUUACCUGAUGCAACCAUUGUAACUGGACUCGUAACUUCUGAAGCCUGUAUGAGUAUUAUUACCGCUGUUGUGCUACUUCAUAUGCCUUCGUGCACUCUAGACAAUUUAGAAAUGCGUGCUGCGUGUGAAACGGUGUUGUAUUACUCGACAGCGUUAAAACAUGGCUUUGAUGCACCGACAUCUGAACAGUUUUAUGAGCUCAUGACAUGGCGAAAUCAUGUGAAUCUUGCGAAAGCGUCCGGAAAACCAUACGACGGGACGUCCAAGGCGUAUUCAGAAUUUACUGAGUAUAUGGGCGAUGCUAUCAGUAGCAGCAAAGUGACCGUAAUGGAUGAUUUCACGGUGAUCUCUGGCACUGAACAAGGAAAUGCUCACCUGAUGAAUGACAGUAUUCAACCUUCGUUUAACUUUACGAGUCCAACGAUUAAUCUCUUGGUAGGUCGAGUAUCCAACGCUGAGGUUGCACAUGAUGACGUCACAUUAACGACGAAAUCGGAAACGGCAAUAAGUCUCGACGUCAACGAUGCUACUGCUUUGAUCGCACCAGUGGUGACUUUGAUACCGAUGCUCAUAUUGUUGUUAGUAUGA